AUGAAAAGACAAAGCUCAUUCAAAAUGGAGCACUUGUGGGACCUCCCUGGUGGCGCAGUUGUUAAGAAUCCGCCUGCCGGGGUAUCUUGUCAUAGGUGGGGCUGGAUGGCCGUCUCCUUCGGCUUCCACUGUGGGCUGAGUGCGUUACUUGCACCGAAGGCCGAGGCGGCACCACGGUGGCUGCCAGCUUGCAGACAAAAGACAUCAAUCUCUUUCCUUAGUCGGCCAGACCUUCCAAACCUGGCUCAUAAAAGGCUAAAAGGCAAAAGUCCAGGAAUUAUCUUCAUCCCUGGCUAUAUUAAUAUGAAUGGUACAAAAGCAUUGGCGAUUGAGGAGUUUUGCAAAUCUCUAGGUCACGCCUGUAUAAGCUUUGAUUACUCAGGAGUUGGAAAUUCAGAUGGUAACUUAGAAGAAUGCACAGUGGGAAAAUGGAGAAAAGAUGUUCUUUCUAUAAUUGAUGACUUAGCUGAAGGACCACAGAUACUAGCUGGAUCUAGCCUCGGUGGAUGGCUUAUGCUUCAUGCUGCAAUCGCACGGCCACAAAAGGUUGUUGCUCUUAUUGGCAUAGCGACAGCUGUGGAUGGCCUAGUGACACAGUUUAAUCAGCUUCCUGUUGAGGCAAAAAAGGAAAUAGAGAUGAAAGGUGUGUGGUCCAUGCCAUCAAAAUACAGUGAAGGAGGAGUUUAUCGCAUUCAGUACAGUGUCAUUAAAGAAGCAGAGCACCACUGCUUGUUACAUAGUCCUAUUCCUGUGAACUGCCCUAUAAGAUUGCUCCACGGCAUGAAGGAUGACAUUGUAUCAUGGCAUACGUCCAUGCAGGUUGCUGACCGAGUAGUCAGCACAGAUGUAGAUGUCUUCCUCCGAAAGAAUAGUGAUCACCGAAUGAAGGAAAAAGCGGACAUUCAACUUCUGGUUUACACUGUUGAUGACUUAAUUGAUAAGCUUUCAACUGUAGUUAACUAGAAUCACAGUUUUAGUUGGAAUGUUAAGUAAUGGAUCCAGAAGAUGGAAGAGGGAUAACAGAUGAAGGACCCUGAUACUUAGAAGGUUUUUUUCUCUUAUCUCUACCUUGUAAAUAUCAUGUGCGUAUUUAAUGAUGUAUUUGCACAAGUGAUUCAGAUUGUGAAGAAAGAGCCAGCUGCUGUUUGAAAAAUUUUCUCCUUCCUUCAAUCCUUGACUUUUUUCAUUAAAAUAUUUCCUAUUUCUUUAUUCAAGAGAUGUUUACCUUCUAAUGCUUGUGUUAGCUGUGCCAGCUCUUGCUUAGAAUUGCUAAUAAAACUUGAUUUUUUUGUUUUCUGUUUGGUAUCAUUGUAUAUGGAGAUCUGCAAAAUUAUUUCUGAUUUUAAAAUGCGGUUUACAAAAUAUAGGAAAAUGUUUAUUGAAAUAAAUCUAAAAUGACUAGAGAAAUGUCUGAAACAUAAUAAAUUUCAAAAUAAAGCUAUUACUUUAUAUAUUAAAAAAAAUAAGAAGAAUCUGCCUGCCAACGCAGGGGACACGUGUUCGAGCCCUGGGCCAGGAAGAUCCCACAUGCCGUGGAACAACUAAGCCCGGGCACCACAACUACUGAAGCCUGCGGGCCUAGAGCCCCUGCUCCGCAGCAAGAGAAGCCACCGCAAUGAAAAGCCUGCUCACCGCAACAAAGAGUAGACCCCGCUCACGGCAACUAGAGAAAGCGUGCAGCAACAAAGACCCA